AUGCAGAAAUUUAUUUUUGCCUUUUUCUUUGAAUUGGCAUUGGCCGAUUUUGCUUCAUAUGCACCAAGGGGAUGGCGACCGCAUGGUCAAUCGUUUAAUCCGAGCAAAAAUCAAUUACAAUCAUACGGUCCACCUGCUGCAUCCCUAACUUACGGAUCAUCGGAGCUAACCACACGCUAUCCACCAUUUGCAACAACAAAACCACCACAGACCACUACAACAACCACAACAACGACCUCGAGAAGCAGAAAACCAACAACGGCUACUACUCCACCUCCCAUUACUGAGGAAGACAUCGGAAAUAAUCCUGCUUUGGCCAUUGCGAAUUCUUUCGCAUUCAACAGACCAGUUUAUAUCUAUAAUACGUAUCCUUUUUCAGGCUUCACUGUAAUAUGACCAAAUAGGAACUUUCACGAAGCUUACUAACUUCGCGUUUUCAAUCUGAGACUGAUAUUCACGAGUGAAAAGAUAGAGUUACAGUUUUCAUUUCUUUUUUUUUUUGCGUCAGAAAUUGAAAAAGAAAAAAGAAUUAUAAUUUUUUUCAUGAAAUUUUCUAAAAAAAAAAAAAAAAAAACGUGAUAAGAAAUGAAAUUUUAAAAUCGUUUGGAUUAUUUCGAUACUUUUUUCAGGUAAAUAUUGAAAUUAAAUUUAAUAUUCUAAUUAUUGAAUAUUAAUA